AUGAGCACUUUGUGUGUACCGCAACUGUCCGAUGCCUCAAAUAGCACAGCUCUCGGUUUGCACAACGUCCACGGCGAUGUUACGACACACCGGAACGCGGGCAGCGGCUACUCAGAGCCCCGACCGUUUGCGGCGAAGCUUCAGGGCGCUACGGGCCACGAGCAAGUGUCAAGCGGACCGGACGGUCAGUUUAAGGCACUCGCCUUGUUCCAGUCGUUUUCUCGCUUCGAGUUCCCGAAACCGUUUUCCAGCCUGGCACAUAAGACUGACAGCACUCACACGACCAUGAAGUUGUCAGGAGGCAAAGGGGCUGAAGAAAGCAGAAACUCACCGUCACAAGAUGACAAGACCAAAAGCGUUGCCAAGGCUAGACAGAGGGUGCCCUUAGCUGGCACUAUCCAGAACUGA